UGAUUGGUCGACGUCUCGCCACCGGCGGGGGGGUAAAAUGUGUGAAUGAGUGAUCCGUGAAAUGGUUUAACGCUACAAUGUUUUAUCGGCACUUUAGUAGAUGUAGUUUUUAUCUGAUGUGACCUUCAGGACCGGAGUGUGACGAGGGAACGAUGUCUGUCGCUGAAGGUCCUUAUAGUCCAGACCAGCUGAAUAAAUUCGAGAGACUGACAGGCAGGCCGCCGCACGGUGAGACGCUAGCAGGUCUUCGCACUCCCCCUGCCCGCAGUGGACAUCGCUGUGUCGCUGAUAACAACAACCUCUACGUGUUUGGAGGCUACAACCCAGACUAUGACGAGUCCGGAGGCUCCGAAAAUGAAGAUUACCCACUGUUCAGGGAGCUGUGGAGGUACCAUUUUGCCACAGGCUGCUGGCAGCAGAUUCGAACAGAGGGCUACAUGCCUACAGAGUUGGCGUCUAUGUCAGCUGUUUUGCAUGGCAACAACCUCCUGGUGUUUGGAGGCACUGGGAUCCCAUUUGGGGAAAAUAACGGCAAUGAUGUCCAUGUUUGUAAUGUGAAGUAUAAGAGAUGGUCCCUGCUCAACUGUCGUGGGAAGAAGCCCAACAGAAUCUAUGGACAGGCAAUGGUCAUUAUAAACGGAUUCCUCUACGUGUUUGGAGGGACUACGGGAUAUAUAUACAGCACAGACCUACAUAGAUUGGACCUGACCACCAGGGAGUGGAUCCAUCUCAAGCCCAAUAACCCUCCUGAUGACCUGCCUGAGGAAAGGUACAGACAUGAAAUAGCACAUGAUGGACAAAGGAUCUACAUUCUGGGUGGAGGAACCUCAUGGACAUCUUAUCCUCUGGAUAAGAUACAUGCGUACAAUCUGGAGACAAAUUCCUGGGAGGAAAUUACAACUAAACCUCAUGAUAAAAUAGGUUAUCCUGCUCCUAGGAGGUGCCAUAGCUGUGUUCAAAUACAAAAUGAUGUAUUUAUCUGUGGUGGCUACAAUGGGGAAUUGAUAUUAGCUGAUUUGUGGAAGAUCAGCCUACACACUUUCCAGUGGAGUAAACUCCCAGCAGUGAUGCCUGAGCCGGCCUACUUCCACUGUGCUGCUGUCACCCCAGCUGGCUGCAUGUACAUACAUGGCGGGGUGGUGAACAUUCAUGAAAACAAGAGAACUGGCUCACUGUUUAAGAUCUGGCUGGCCGUUCCCAGUCUGCUAGAGCUUUGUUGGGAGAAACUUCUCAGAGCCUUUCCUCACCUGACUUCUCUCCCAACCAUGCAGCUGCUUAACUUGGGCUUCACACAGGAACUCAUUGAACGCUUGAAAUAAGCUGCACUGUGGAGGUAAGACAGACACGUGGAUUGGAUGUUAUCUGAAGGACUGAACUGGGACAAGGUCUGAGAAAGCACAGAAUUGAAUACAGAGCAAAUUUCUUCCCCUGCCUAACGUAGCCCCGCCUUAAAACCAAAACAAUAUGAUGCCUUUUUUGUUUUUUUCUUUUUUUGCCGUUAGUGAUCAUCAUAAAUAAAUGUGGACUAUUUUAGGGAUUUUACUCCACCUCACCCACCUUUUUUUUUUUUUUUUUUACACGAUGCCUUUGUGUCAAGCUAAGUAUGAAUUCCUGCUUUUCAUCCUCCAAACUGAGACAGCUGGAAGUAUUUACUUUGCCAAGUCAUAUCCUCUGCUUUUUAAAUCAAUCUCUACUACUUUUAAGACCUCUGUGCAAAGGAAGAAUGCAUGUCUGUUUAUUUACAGAACUAAAUCAGUAAUUCUGGGUUAUUCUCACCAUUAUUGCUGUUUGCAUGCCUUUAUAUUUGUGGGCAUUUAAUUAUUUUAAUAGCUCCCUAAGCAGAGAUCGCCACAGUCCAUUUUAUCUAACUGUUAAGGAAAGUGUUUUUGCACAUUUUAGCCCAUUCAAUACAAAUGCCACGCAUAAUUAUCUUUGCUGCUGGCUCGCUGUAGUGUAAUUUUACAGUUGCUAUGGUAGGAAUGUCUCCAGAAAACCUGACACUUGCUUGUGUUAAAUGAUCUGUUAGACUCAUGGUACAAAAUAUUUAAAAGUCUACGCUUUAAAUACAAUCAUUACUAACGUAGAGACUGUGUUAAAUUAGCUAAAACCUGCAGAAACACUGAUAACAAGCUUAAGAAAAACCAGUAUUUACUGGUUUUGUCUGUUUGAGCCCUUUUUGUUAUAGGUUGAAUAUCUGUGAUACAUUAUGUUGCAGCGUAGAUUGGAGAAAGGUUAACGGAAGCUGGGUAUCUUUAAGACUAUUUAACUCCCUGUUCAUUCAUCCUGUUUGUUCCUAGUUCUCUUUGUAAAUCGAACCACACGAAGCAUCACUGUGAAUCUGGUGCUCUUUAAAAUUAAUUUAAAAGGAUUUUAAUAAAUAAAGACUUCAACCUGUUCAGACAUGUACUUCCCUUAUUUGAGGACGCUGCUUUGCUGUCAGACUAAAACAUGUGUUCAUACUGCAGUGCCUUUUGCAAAGGUGUGAUGAGGUUAAAAGUUCACAAAUAACGGCAGUAUAAGAUCAGAUUUUAUGUUUUGGAGUAAGCAGAUAUUUCCCAUAACACUUCAUUUAUUACAUAUUCAGUCAACAUGUUUGUGGCCACAUACAUUAUUUUGUCUUAAUGUUAGAUCCCUUUUUAAUGACCGAUCAGACUGGAAUCUUACCGAGUCUUUGGGGUAUUAUAUUUAAUAUUGUGCCAUUGACAUGAUCAGUAUAGUUCAUGCAUUUGAUGAAUGAUGAAAGAUGUGAUGCCAAACAAUGUUACCCCUUAAAGAGAAAAGUCUUAAAAGACUUUAAGGAUGAGAUGUUGCUGUUCGUUGUCACCUUUUUACCAUGAUCCUACAUUAGUUUUACAUUGAAAUUAGUUCAUUACUUGCUUUUUAUAUUAUCAACUUUUUACUGUAAGACAUUGUUUGGAAAAUAACUAAAGCAGCUGUGAAAUGACCUCGUGUGAAUGUUGUUGUCAAUAAAAGUAUUCUGUAAAUA